CCACAUAAAGUUCAGUACCCACAAUGUUCUUUCUCUUUCAGUCCCCGGACUCGAGAAUGACACAGAAAGACAAAGGAUGUACAAUGGCCUGGAUACCUGCAAGGAACAGUGGCUGGAUAUGCCCCUUAAUAGCAAUGGAGACCAGGAGCGAGGAAAGGAACCAAGUUACAGAUUCAGGAAAACUAGAACAUUUACAAUCGUCGCAGCAGUCACAGUCUUCCUCGUCCUCUCGGGUUUAAUCGCGACCACAGCUACCCUGGCAGUCAGAACUGCUAAGUCGUGUUUGGCCUGUGCGGACGUCCCAUCAUGUCCGGAUGGCUGGGUCGGCUACCAAAGACAGUGCUACUUCUUCUCCGAGGACGAAAGGAAUUGGACCGCCAGCCAGAGCUACUGCUCUUCACAGGGCGCCUCCCUGGCGGGGCUUGACAGUGGCCUGGAGAUGACGUUCCUUCUGCGGUACAAAGGCAGCGUUUACCAUUGGAUAGGCCUCAGAAGGGAGCCCAAUCAGUCUUGGAAGUGGCCCAAUGGCACCGAAUUUGACAAACGGUUCGAAGUAAGGGGAGGAGGAGCCUGUGCGUAUCUGAAUGAUGUAGGCGUCAGCUCGUCAAGCUGUGAGACGGAGAAGAACUGGAUCUGUGCCAAACCUGAUCGAUAUGGGAAACGAAAAGAGAAUAGUCCGGAAGGGACGGAAAAGUAAUGACACUCAAUUGCUGCUUCCAAACAAGUCUUCUCAUUAAAGAUGCGAACUGUCUUACUCUAAUUCGUAAUGCAUAGAUGAUCAGUAGGUAUCUAGUCCAAGAAAAAAUAAAUCAAAUCGAGAGGGCAGCCAAUGAAAUGGAAAGGCAGCACAUUUAAAACAAUGAAAAAAUAAAUCUUUUAUUGACACACUG